AUGACAGAAGCACCACAGCCACCUACAGACCCAAAACCAGAGGAUGUUCAUCAUUUUGACUAUAGACACGUGGGAGAUUCCAAGAAAGCCAGAGUUAAGGCCAGAGACGAGCAGCUGAGAGGCAACCCUGAAUGGCUAUAUGAGCACGACGAAAGAGAUGGAGUCAUUAGUUCUCUCAUCUUCUGCACACUUCACAGAGAAGAAUGGAUAGACGCGAUAUGCGAGUACUAUCCAGGAGCAGUCAGAGGGAAGACAAAGAAAGGAGACACCAAGAUUAAUCUAGGAAAAAAACGUGGCUCGAUCAUCGUUUUCGAAAGUGGAAAGUUUUUAAUUUUGGGAAGCUGCGACUUGGAAUAUUUCAAAGAGGGUUUUGAAGACAUGAAAAAAGAUGCAAUGAGUAGAGUGAACAACACAGAAACAGCAGAUGAUGAUUGUGACAUGGCAGAAGCACCACAAACCUCCACAAACUCAAAACCAGAGGUGGUUCACGAAUUUGACUUUACAAAUGUCAGAAAUGGCAAGAAACCCCGAACUAAGGCCAGAGGCGAGCAGCUGAGAGUCAACCCUGAUCGGCUUUACAAACAGGAUGCAAGACAUGGAGUCAUUGGUUCACUCAUCUUCUACACAGAACACAGAGAAGAAUGGAUAGCCUCGAUACGCGGGUACUAUCGAGGAACGGUCAGAGAGAAGACACAGAAAGGGGACACCAAUAUUAAACUAGGAAAAGGAAGAGGCUCGAUCAUCGCUUACAAAAAUGGAACAUUUUUCAUGUCUGGAAGACUUGGCAUGGCCUUGUUCAUACAGAAAUUUGGAGCCAUGAAAAGAGAUGUGAUGAUUAGAGUGAAGCAGAAUUUAAACAGACAAGCACCACAGUCCUCUACAGAGCCAAAACCAAUCACCGCAUUUAAACUCCUCAGCGAGAUGGAAGAAGAAGUUCUUCAAUUUGACUUUAAAGAAGUCCAAAAAAAACCAGAAGCCCGACUUAAGGCCAGAGACGACCAGCUGAGAGCCAAUACUGAUCGCCUUUACGAGAACAUCAGAAGACGUGGAGAGAUCUCCUCAGUCAUAUUCUACACAAAACACACAAAAGAAUGGGAAGAACCACAGAGUCUGACUGAGGCUCUGUGUUAG